UUUCCAAUACUCACAUUAUAUUGCUCCCAUUUAGAGUAGCAAAGAAAAGAAAUGGCAGGAAGAAAGGGCAAUGAAUUCCAAGACAUGCUGCCGAUGAUGGCCGAUAAGCUUGGCGGAGAUGGACUGAUCAAAGAGCUGUGCAAGGGGUUCAGUCUGCUAAUGGACAGGGACAAAGGGGUCAUUACCUUCGAGAGCCUGAAGAAGAACUCCGCCAUUAUUGGGCUCCCAGAUUUAAAGGAUGAUGAGUUGCGGAGCAUGGUGAAAGAGGGAGAUCUGGACGGCGACGGAGCUCUCGAUCAAAUGGAGUUUUGUGUGCUCAUGUUCAGAUUGAGCCCUCAACUCAUGCAGGAAUCUGAAGCCUGGCUUCAAACUGCUCUGUGUUAGACUCAUCGUUUGGUCACUACUAGAAAUUAUGAAAUUUUCGACUACUUGGAAGUGAACUUAAAAAACCUUUGUUACUA